AUGGAGCUUGACAGGCGAGAAAAUGUUGACCCGAAAAUAGAAACGGCCAUUGAAGCGAAUUUGAGUCCCGAGAUUGUUUAUAAGAAAACCACUGAAGAAACUAUAUGGGUUCUGAUGACAUUCCUGAUAUACAAAUUAUCGUCUGUGUACUAUUAUCUGCCGCUUUCUUUUAUUGGACAAGGGAAUGGAACAUUGAUGAAAAAGAAUAGGACUAAGGUGAAGCAUACUAAUCGACCUCCCGGUGUCCCGUACAACAACAAGAAAAUGCCUCUAGACUGCCACGUUUGUAGAGUUGUGACAGAAGAAAUUGAAAACAUUAUCAAGGACGACAAGAAACAACUUGACCCAGAAGGCGAGAAAAAUAGGAAGAGGGAAAAUAGAAGAAAAAAGAAGGAUUCCUCAACUCAGAAAACAGAGUGA